UUCCUUCUCCAUUCUGUUCCAUCAAUCAACUAAGCUCCACCCACAUUCUAAAGGUAAAUCUACGGAGUGUUGCUAUGGUCAGAAUCAUCCUCCUGCUCUAGUUAGCAUGCAGCUUUAUUUCCACCACCAUUCCAGACCAAAAGGGAUUGUCAUGAAUGACAGGCAUUAGUACAGCUCUCUAGUGAAUUCUUUCACCUCUCAGGGAAAAUGACUAACCGCCACACAUGGCAACUGGUGCUGAUCUCAUGGAAUGUUUUGUGUGAGACUACAGGUCAGAAACCACCACAAGGCUUUAUGUAUGCCUCUUACGAGGUGACCAUCCCAAGAAAACUAGUCCCUAGGUAUGGACAAGAACAUCAUGAUGUCACCUACCUACUGCAGAUUGAGGGGAAAGGCCAUGUAGUGCAUCUCAAGCAGAACAGGGGCUUUGUCCCUAAACACCUCCCUGUCUUCACUUACAGUAAGGAGGGAGACCUCCAGGUGGACUAUCCUUUCAUCAGAGAUGACUGCUUCUACCGUGGCUUUGUACAAGACAAGCCUUCCUCAUGGGUCACCCUCAGCACUUGUUCAGGGGGCCUCAGGGGUCUGCUGCAUUUAGAAAAUGACACCUAUGAAAUUCAGCCUGUGCAGAGAUCUACUUCUCAACAUGUGAUGUAUAGGUUGGAAGAAAUAGAGGGUGCUGCACGUAUGACAUGUGGGUUAACAGAAGAAGAGCAAAGGCAUCAAGAGGCCAUGAUCCAAAAAACAGAGAAUGCAGUGGCUAGGGGUGCUCCAGAAGGAGGUUGGUGGACACACACCCGUUACGCAGAGGUUGCAAUUGUUGUGGAUUAUGAAAGAUAUGUGAGAAUUGAUAGAAAUGAAACUGUUGCUGCUAUGCGAGUUCUAGAUGUCAUUCAUGUUGCUAAUUCAUUAUAUGAGCCACUUGGUGUCGUUGUGACUCUUGUUGGAUUGGAGAUUUGGUCAGAAAAGAACCUCAUUGUGAUUGAUAACAACAUUUACACCCUGCUUUCCAAUUUCAAUGACUGGAGAACAAACACCCUAAAUAAACAUCUAGAGAAUGAUGCUGCUCAUUUAUUUGUAUAUAAGGGCUUUGGACGUACGCGAGGAUUAUCAUAUUUAGGAACAAUCUGUUGGACUGAUCGGGCAUGUGGUGUUGAAUCAUAUGUUGGUUAUAGUUUGUCUGAUUUUUCUAAUACAUUUACUCAUGAAUUAGGACAUAAUCUUGGCAUGCAACAUGAUUCAAAAUACUGUACUUGUGAACGACAUGCCUGCAUUAUGGCUGCAGCUCAGGCAAACACUGAUAAGUUUAGCAACUGCAGUUAUCAGAAUUAUUUUGAGCUAAGGAACACUCCAUGUUUGUUAAUCCCACCAGAGCCUGAUAAAAUGUAUAAACUCAAACACUGUGGUAACAAAGUAGUGGAAGAUGGAGAGCAAUGUGACUGUGGUUCACCAGAUCAAUGCAAGUUGGAUCCAUGUUGCCAGUCUAACUGCCUGCUGCGCCCAGGUGCCACUUGUGCUUUCGGACAGUGUUGUGCUGAGUGUCAGUAUCUUCCAGCUCAUUAUGUCUGCAGACAAGAGGUUAGCAGCUGUGAUCUUCCUGAGUACUGCAAUGGGACUUCAGAGUGGUGUCCUGAAGAUGUUUAUCUACAAGAUGGCACCCCGUGUAGUGAUGGUGUAUACUGCUAUCAUGGAAAUUGCACAACUCACAGUGAGCAGUGCAAAAUGAUCUUUGGCAAGAAAGCAACAGCUGCUUCAAAGGCUUGCUUCAAUGAACUGAAUGGUCGAGGGGAUCGCUUUGGCAACUGCGGCCUUAGACAUGGAACCUAUAAGAAAUGCAGUGCUAAGAAUAUCCUAUGUGGAAAAAUCCAGUGUGAAAAUGUUUAUAAACUACCUUCUUUGGAGGAACACAGCACCCUAGUUAAUACACCCAUUGGCAAUAGGAAAUGCUGGAGUACAGACUACCACAGUGGAAUGGAGAUACCUGAUAUUGGAGCAGUGAGAGAUGGGACUCCUUGUGGCACUGACAUGAUAUGCAUUAAUAGGCAGUGCAAGAGUGUAUCCCUCUUGAACUAUGAUUGUAAUUUCACAAAGUGCCACUAUAGGGGUAUAUGCAAUACUCAUAAACAUUGUCAUUGUGAUUAUGGCUGGGCCCCUCCAAACUGCCUCUCUAAAGGCUUUGGUGGCAGCAUUGAUAGCGGGCCUCCACCACGAGGUAACAUUCUGGAUCGUAGCAAUCUCAGUGCAGGAUUAACAGAAGUAAUUGGAUUUGUUGUUCUGCUACUAUUGUUGUUGUUGGUCUGGAUAUUUAUUUCAGGAACGGACUGAGACUGAAGUUCUUACAUUUAAGUAGAAGAGUUUGUCAAGCACAAAAAAGAAGAAAUUCUGAAAUGGAUCACAGAAAUGAACAAUUGGCAGUGUGCCAGAUACAGAACAAACAAUAGAUUGUACUAUGUAGAUAUACAUUCAAUUUGCUAAGUUUUUGAUUAUUAAAAAAAAUCUUUUCAUUAAAUUUUCCUCCUAGGCACUCUAGGUUGUGAAAAUCUUGGUUUUCUCAACAGGGGAGAAUUACGUUAUAUGUUGAGCCUCACUACAUCCUCUGUCUUCCAGAAAGUAUUCCCUCUACCCAGGGCUUUUUUUUCCAUCUGCAACUCACCAAAACUUAGUUCUGGCACCUGUCAGCUGGGUGCCAUUGCCAUUCUUAGAGAAUGAGAGAGACAUUCAUAGUGAGUUCUGGCACCUCUUUUUCUAGAAAAAAUAGCACUGCCUCUACCUCAUGGAUUUAGAAGCUGUGAUAGUCUAAGUAUUUUUGGAUAACAACCCCUAUUAGCCCCAGUCAGCACUGACAAUGUUCAGGGAUGAUGGGAACCAUUUCCAACAACAUCUAGAGGGCCACAGGUUUUUUAAUUGGGUGUAUGUGUGUUAAACACUGAGCAGAAUUCUAGUUCCCAAAUAAGAACCCAUUCUUAAGGAAGUGUGUGGAUUUUUAAAGCACCCAGGGGGUCCCACCACUGAAGGAGGAAAACCUUUAAAUAUUUUAAUCAUGCUAUGUCCAUAUUUACCAAGGCAACUGAGUGACUUUCUCUGGAAAUCAUCUGCCUGCCUGUCAGCUGUUUCCCCUAGUUGCCUGUAUGAGAAGGAAGGAGGAUGGGAGCCAGUCAGGCAAGUAUGUGUCUCCUGUGGCUGAGUUCCAUCCCUUUCCACCAAUAGUAGGCCCACCAUUUCACUGCAUUCCAGAUCUUCUUUCCCUUCCAGGCCAAUUAGAAGGGGAUGAGGAGAGUGGGGGUGGAGCAGCCUGCAGGGGGAACAGGCCAAGGAAAAGGAAGCAGUGUUAUCAACUUACAUUGUCUUCCUUCUUCUCUCUGGUCCAAAGAUUGGAGUGGGUGGCCAAGCUGCUCGCCUACCCAUCCAACAUUUCUCAGACAAAAGUAUGGAUGCUUCUGUGAAACCAUAGGAAAUUGAACCCAUAAGUGCAGGAGGCAGGAUUAACACAACGACCUCCUGCUUUUUCGCCUGAAAAACAUUUGAAGUCUAAACUUUGCACAUGGACAGUGGGAAUUUAUCAAUUCUACAACUUCUGCUACUUGUUUUGAAAGGAAUGUUAAGCUCUUGUGAGCUUCAACUAUCUGUCUCUUCAUUGUAAAUUCAAACAAGCACAUUUCUUUGCUUCUGGUGAAGUUCCCUAGAAAAAAAAUUAAACCAUUAAAAAUAAGUCUAUGAAAUCAGCUUUCUGUAACCAGAACUUACCUCCUCACAAAACACACACUUCUCCUCCCUAGCAGUUUUUAAAGCACAAUAGCCAUCCAUCUAUAGGCUGCUACUUUGUUUUAUAAUGACUCAGGUUAAAUUAUUGCAAGUUCAUGUUACCUCCAAAGGUGUUCAGACACAUUUUGGAGUGAUUUUACCGUCUUGAAUUUGCUUUUCAGCUUCCUUUUUACCAGCCUCCUCUGUGGUGGACCCUAUACCUUUCCCCCUACUUGAGGCGUAUUUUACUGCCAGUACAGUGGUACCUUGAGUUAAGAACUUAAUUUGUUCUGGAGGUCUGUUCUUAACCUGAAACUGUUCUUAACCUGAGGUACCACUUU